ACGAACUGAAGCGUUAAUUCCGAGGUAGAGGCACGAGUUGAAGCAUGCAUUGUCACGUUUUACCAAAGUAUCUUGAUAGGGAAUGAUAACCUUACUCAUCAAAGCUACACGUCAAAGUAAAGCUAGCAAGCUGACCUUCUGCAGCAGACAAUUGUAUAAGUUAUUUUGCCGUUUGCAAAGCAACAUGUCUGAGGAAUUACUACAGCGAGUGAGAGACCUGGAAGGAGAGGUGGGGAGACUGAAAGCACAGCUGAGAGAGAAGGUCAAGGAAGGAACUGGGGGUGAGAUGGCGGUGUCAACCAACUCUGAUGGAAAGAAGGAUACCAGCAAGCCUGAUGCUGGUGGCAGGAAAAAGGGCAAAAGAGUGAGUCGGGACCGACCGUUUGAUUUCUCUGCCCAUCCUCGGCGCCAUGUUGCGCUCCGCUUAGCCUACCUGGGCUGGGCCUAUCAGGGCUUUGCUGUCCAGGAGAACACAGACAGCACUGUGGAAGCCCGGCUCUUCGAGGCUCUUCUGAAGACUCGACUGAUCCAGGAUCGCCAGAGUUCUAACUAUCACCGUUGUGGCCGCACUGACAAAGGAGUCAGUGCCUUUUCCCAGGUCAUGUCCAUAGACCUGCGCUCCACUCAGUUUUGUGGAGGCCUAGGAGUGACUCUCCCGUCCAAUGUCGACGCUGAUGUCAAGAACGAAGUGGACGUGGCGGAGCUACCUUAUGUGAAGAUGCUGAACAGAGUCCUGCCCCAGGACAUCAGGAUUCUCGACUGGUCACCUGCUCCGCAGGGCUUCAGUGCACGCUUCGACUGUCAGUCUAGAACCUACCGGUACUACUUCCCACGCGGGGCUCUGGAUGUAACGUUGAUGGCAGAGGCUGCCAAACGCUACGAGGGCACUCACGACUUCCGCAACCUCUGCAAGAUGGACGUGGGCAACGGAGUGCUGCAGUUCCAGAGGACCAUCCUGUCUGCCACGGUCCAGCCUGUCCAUCAAACUCCCCCUCCUGCGCCCACUACCGCAGACCCAUACGACCUCUACAUAUUUGAGAUCAAAGGACUGGCCUUCCUCUAUCACCAGGUGCGGUGCAUAAUGGCAGUGCUGCUGCUGAUUGGCCAGAAGCUGGAGCCCCCAGAGAUAGUGGAUCAACUCCUGGAUGUGAAGACGAAUCCCAGGAAACCCCAAUACAGCAUGGCGGUGGACUUUCCCCUGGUGCUGUUCGACUGCCAUUUUGAGGGGUUGAGUUGGCGCAGGGAGGCUGAGGAGGUGGAACAUGCCCUGGCCACGCUGCAGCACCACUGGACACAGACAGCAGUCAAGACCCAGGUCAUUCACGGCAUGAUCCAAGGCCUAGAUAGCACAGGUGGGACCUCCUCUCCCCAUUGCUGGCUGAUGGAAGGUACCAAACAGCGGAACUAUCGGCCCUUGCUUGAGCGUCCACGCUGCGAGAGCCUGGAGUCCAGAAUAGAACACUUUGUUAAAAGAGGCAGGCUUGAACGAGAAGAAGGAGAAAAUGGUGGCGAAACGGUACACAAGGGCAAAAGGCCAAAGCACUCGCACAAUACCUCCAUUUCGUCUGUCCUCCCCGACGUGUCGCCGUCCUUCUGACCCCAGGGCCAAUCAGAAACCAUAAGAUUGACACCUGCUAGAGAAAUUGGACUUAUCAUAUAAUAUUGUCUGAAUUCUUAAUGCUGUUAUUUUACUUUUAGAUUUUUUUUUUAUGUAAUGGAGAAACAAUUGUAGGUUUUUGUUAUUCUCUGGAAUAAAUCAAUUUGAGAUUAAUCCAAAAGGGUUUAAAGUGUAAUGGAGAACUUGGAUAGGGGAUUAAAAUAACCUUUCAUCAUUGAAGAUUUGUCAAGUUACGUGGCCCACCCAUAGAAUUAGAAUGAAUUAUAGUAAUUUAAUAGGAUCUCUGUUCCCACCAAGGAAGCUCAAGUCGAAACAUUUGUCACGAUCAGGCGGAACCUUUCGUAGAAUUCGAGUGAAUACCGGGAGCUUAUUAUCGAUGCACUGAGCUAAACUAGCUAGUAAGCUAAAGAAAGUUGACUAGCUAACUUAGAUGUUUCUUACCUAACCACAUGGAACAAUGAACCAGAUGUAUAAAUCUGAAGCAUCCGGUUGGCAUUUCCAAUCACCACCAAAUAUGUUGAUGAGAGGAAGCCCAGUGGCCGGCAUUGGGAGAAGAUGGCGCGAGAUGGAUUUUGGCCAACAUUCUGCAAAUGUUCUCAUCUAUUAAACACUUGAUCGCAAUAGCUCUGCCUCCUUUCAACGCAGAUGCAGAAGUGCGACAUCGGCGGAUGCAGUGGAUUGAGAUGCAUUCAUUGCAAAACCCAGAUAUCUCUAGCUUAAACUGACAGAUUUUGAUGAUUUAAAAAAAAAAUUGUUAUAUAGAUUGACAUACCUGUAACAUUCUCAGAACACCACCAAUUGUGUGCUAUUCUAGGUACCCAAGGCAGAGCAUCUAUCCUCUCAGAACAGAAAUUAUGUCAUGGUUGGCUUGCAAAAGAAUCAGGGCACAUCAACACAAAGUGAUCCUCGAAAUGAGAUUUUACAAGUUCAAGGUAAACAUCAAUUAUGUUAUCACUGAACCAAUUUCCAUUGCUUAUUGUAUCAAUAUUCUCAGCUGUGAAUGAAGACAGUUUCCUCUGAGUUGGCUUAGUCGACUAACCUGUACUCCAGCACAUUGACUCUGUAUUUAUUUAGAUGUAUCCUUUAUUUAACCAGGUAGGCUAGUUGAGAACAAGUUCUCAUUUACAACUGCGACCUGGCCAAGAUAAAGCAAAGCAGUGCAACACAACAACACAGAGUUAUACGUGGAAUAAACAGCGUACAGACAAUAACACAAUAGUAAAAAAAAAAAAAGUCUAUAUACAGUGUGUACAAAUGCCAUGAGGAGGUAAGGCAAUGAAUAGGCCGUAGUAGCGAAAUAAUUAUAAUUUAGCAAAUUAACCCUGGAGUGAUAGAUGAGCAGAUGAUGAUGUGCAAGUAUAAAUACUGGUGUACAAAAGAGCAGAAAAGUAAAAAAACAAUAAAAAAAAAAACAAUAUGGGGAUGAGGAAGGUAGAUUGGAUGGUCUAUUUACAGAUGAGCUAUGUACAGCUGCAGUGAUCGGUUAGCUGCCCUGAUAGCUGAUGUUUAAAGUUAGUGAGGGAAAUAUAAAUCUCCAGCUUCAGCGUUUUUUAUUUAUUUUUAUGAUAAUUUAAAAAAUAAGAAUAUUGCAAUACGUUCCAGUCAUUGGCAGCAGAAAACUGGAAGGAAAGGCUUUAUGGAUGACCAGUGAGAUAUACCUACUGGAGCGUGUGCUACGGGUGGGUGUUAUUGUGACCAGUGAGCUGAGAUAAGGCGGAGCUUUACCUAGCAUAGACUUAUAGAUGACCUGGAGCCAGUGGGUCUGGCGACAAAUAUGUAGUGAGGGCCAGCCAACUACAGCAUACAGGUCGCAGUGGUGGAUGGUAUAUGGUAUCUGUUCCCCCUGUAUAUAGCCUUGUUAAUGUUUUAAUGUUACAUAAAAAUAAAAAAGUUAAUAUUUCCUUAACUCUAUUUCUUGAACUGCAUUGUGGGGUUAAGGGCUUGUAAGUAAGCAUUUCACAGUAAGGUAACCUGUUGUAUUUGGCGCAUGUGACUUGAAUGCCUUUUAUGUUAAAGAAUCACAUUCCUUGCAGUUGACAGUGUAUAAGUGAAUGACUUCUUUCAGACCAAAGUGGAGAACCUCCACUACUUAUGUGGUCCCUUGUGGCUCAGUUUGUAGAGCAUGGCAUUUGCAAUGCCAGGGUUGUGGGUUUGAAUCCCAUGGGGGACUAGUACAAAGGAAAAUGUAUGCACUCACUACUCUAAGUCGCUCUGGUUAAGAGCGUCUGUGCUACAUUAUUAAAAUGUUAAUUGCAGCUAGACAACGUGUCUUUGUGCAGCUAUUUGUUGAGUGAUUCAAAUCUAUAGCUCACUGAUGACUCAUGUCUCAGUGCAGUUUACGUGCCAAAGAUGGUUGUGACAUGUAUACAAUUUCACAAAUGGGUAUUUGUCUGAAAAUGUGACUACUGGACAAAUUCUAUGCAUGUUUGAUAAAUAUGCAAGGUAGAGGAAAGCUACUAGGUAAUUUGAUCCUAGCCAUGUCCAUUUUUACAAGCAAAGUCUGUGGGGCAUGAAAGCUUGAUCGUUGAGAGCCUUUUGAAUUCUUAGAUAUAUUGCGCACACUUCUCUGUCGAUUCGAACCAACAAGGUAUUUCUUGCUGCAGAAAUGUCCCUGGGUUCUAUCAGUUUUGUAGUCUGGCCAUACACUGCCUGGGUAUCACAUUGACUGGAAAUGUUUAGACUGAAUUUAGAGAAUAUCAUUUGUGGGUGGAAUUUCUUGAACACUAAUGUUCAACUAUGUCCUUUACACCACUGUAAUGUAGUUCUUGAACCGUGGGUUGUGAAAAUGUCACUGAAUUCAAUGCUUCAAACUGGGAAAUUAGACUUUUCCAUUGGUUAGCUCUAAGUAAACUAUUAUGGCUUCCAGAGAAUUCUGAUGCAGUAGUGAGAAAGAUGUAAAUGGGUAACAUUUUAUCUACUGUGUGACUGGAAAGUAUUCAUACUGUGGAAUUACAGAAAUUAUAUCAUUCUGAAUCAAGUUUGUUUGUGUCUGAGGCUCAUUUAACUACUUCAUAGAAAUAUAAAACCCCUUCUGUACUCAUGCCAACCCCUUCCCUAGUCGUGCCAACUGAAAUGUGUAAGUCAUUUGCCUGUAUCUUAAGUGUUCAAAUCUAGCUCUGACCAGAAAUGCCCCCUUGUUGAUUUUGUGCCUGAGUGAAAUAUUACAGAACUCAAUCUGUACAUCUGUUGCUUGUUGCCAACAACUGGGAUUUCAAUUGUACUGGAUGGAAAAAUGGGGUCUCUUAACUCUAACAUUUUCUGCUACACGGGUACAACAAGAACAAUUAGGAUCUGGUGUGGUAGUCCACUACACUGUAAAUUCUGAUCAUUGUUCAUCCCGGUCUUUUUAUUAAGACUGAACGAUUUAGAAUGUAUAGCUGGAGGAAUUUGAAAAGACCUUCAGAGAUACUUUGGUGCUUUAUUUUCCUUUUUCAUAGCUUUCCUCAGGUUAGCAGCUUUGUGUUUUUUGGGAUUGCGAAGUUUGAUUUUCUCAUGUAUCUCUGGCCAGCUUUAUGCAGAGUAUACAAUUUGACAUUACAAUAGUCAAUUCUAUGUUUUGUUUCAUCAAGAAAAGAAAAAAAAGGUGUUUUGACGUUACCUCACUAAUUGCUGUACUUAUUCUGUCUUGGGUUUGACUUGUAUAAGGCUGAAAACAUCUGUAAAUCUUCUGCCAAAAGGUCAGAUCAAAUUGGUAUUACAAGGAGAACGUUUUUGAAAAGUGUGUCCAACAUCCCUUAAAGGUUUUGAUCUGUGCAUUGGACACUACUAUUGUCUUUGAUGCUCAGUGAUGAUUUUUGUUUCUUUCAGAACUUUGCCCAGUUGCUCAGAUAAUCUGCACCGCAGUUCAUCCAUUGCAUUGCGUGGUUCACUUUUAGAAUGGCUGUUCGACUGUCCUGCUUGGCUAUUCACAUUGACAAGGCUCUGCUCUACCAAUGUAGAAUUAGUUCUGCUCCCCGGGGCAAUGCAAAUGUCAUAGACUAAAGCGCAAAUUUCCUGGCAUUUUUUGGAAUUCAACAACAAACUGAAUAUGUACAUGCCAACUCUAUACCUAUCAUCUUUACCAUAAAAUAUAUUUUUUUACGGAGUUCACUAGCCUGUCGCAUUAAGUAACUUUCACUUGCUCGUAUGAUACAGGAGUCCAGAUCUUUUGCCGUGGCUUGUCCAGUGACUAUUUUUCAGCAGCGCCGCAAAUACGUCAACAUACUGUCGCUAUUGAACAUUUUCAUAGCUGUAUUCAACAACACUUAUGGACCUACCACCAUUUUGUACAGGUACCGUUUUACUGUCAUGCACCAGCUUUUCUUUGUCCCUCAUUGCAUAAAGCAACUGCUCUAUUACAAUUUGUGUGUGAUCCUCGCUUACCAUAACUGCUACAGGGGCAUAGUAGUUUGGUGCGGCAAGGCAAGCUACAAGUAUCAGAGCAAAAUCCUUAUUUUUAUUGACUCUAGACUUGAUCCCACCACCAGUGGUGUCCCAGAAUACUGCACUGUGCUUCGUCAUAUCAUGCCAGUCUCUUUUUUUUUCUCCCACCCGCCCCCCCAGUAAAACAUAAACCCCUUGAUAGCUG